AUGCCUUCACAUCAACAUCAGCUAGGAAUGAACAAAAACGGAGGACUCACUACAAUUCUGUACAGAUCUCCUUCAACACCUAGAGGGUCACCACCUGGUCAGUUAACAAUCUUUUAUGCGGGUUCGGUAUCUGUUUACGAAGACAUAUCUACUGAAAAGGCCGAUGCUAUAAUGUUACUAGCCGGAAAUGGACCUCAGGCUAAACCGGUUCCAAUGUCUAAAUCUCAAAAACCGGUUCAUCAUUCUCUUGCAACCAUUGAUCCUCCAACUAUGCAUCCUAGUUUCCUGCCUUUUACCUCUUACAUUGUCUCUGAAACCGGAAGUGGAUCCAAUGGAGUCACUAGACUUGGAGGAAGCAAAACAAUGUCGAGCUUAGCAUCCACACCGCAAAACGACCAGACCGAUGCCUCCAAUAUGGUCCCAUCAGUGGGUUUACCGCAAGCGCGCAAAGCAUCCUUGACUCGGUUCUUAGAGAAACGUAAAGAAAGGGUUAUUAACGUAUCUCCUUAUUACGUAGACAACAAGUCAUCAGUAGAAUGUAGAAAACCUAUUUCUAAUGUAGAAGAAAAGAGGAUCAACACUGUUAUGGUUCUUAGACAACUAUGCUUGCAAAUGGAACCAAUGAAGCUGAUGAAUACAAAGAAGAAUGUUGAUAAGUUAGGAUUUCGACGGGUAGUGUGUAAAGGCAUUUUCGACAAGAAAAUAUCGAUCUAUGUUGGUCCAAAGCCUAGAAGAUCCAUGGAAAAUUACUAUGAGAAGGGCUUCUAUGUCAUUACACCUCUCUUGCCAAUCCUUAAUGAACCAAAUAGCGUGAAGUCCCCUAUUCUAGUAAAUCGCAGAUGGGUUCCUUCGGAUUGGAAAGAAGAGUCUCAAGAAUCUACAGAAAUUGAUAUUGUUGCUAUAACAAAUAGGCUUAGAAAAGCUGAUAAACUACUCUCCUCUCAGCAAAAUUUCUUGUCGAAGUUCUUGUAUAAAUUAAACAAGCAAGUGGUUACAAAGGAUCAAGAAGUCUCUAGCGUUAUGCAUGAGGAAGUAGUGGUUGGUAUGGUUAGGAAAAGUGAAGUUCCAGGCAUAUUUGUUCUACCAAAUGAUCCAAGUUCGGGGAAAUGA